AACCACUGCUUUAGAUUCAGCUACUGUGAGUGUCUCUGAUUCUUGUGGCUGCGGGAGAGAAAUCUAGAGAGCGAGAGAGAGAGAGAGAGAGAGAUGACAGCAGUCGGGGAAGGGCAAAGAAGACAAGGGAGACCACCUCCUCCGCCCAGGGGCGGGCUCCCUGGGCCCCCUCCUCAAAUGGCUAAGCCCGGCCCUCGCUUCGAACCCGUUGAUCGCGAGAAGACUUGUCCCUUGUUGCUUCGAGUUUUCACGAAGAUUGGAGGUCAUCAUACUGAUGAAGACUUUGCAGUGAGAGGCAAGGAGCCAAAAGAUGAGGUCCAAAUUUAUACGUGGAAGGAUGCUACACUCCGUGAGUUAACUGAUCUGGUUAAAGAGGUAGCUCCAGAAGCAAGGCGAAGAGAUGCGAUGUUAUCUUUUGCCUUCGUUUAUCCAGAUAAACAUGGGCGCUUUGUGGUGAAAGAGGUGGGGAGAACCACUUCUAUUCCAAAUGCGAGACGGCCCGACAGUGGUGGCAAGGCAUUGGCUGAACUUAGCUUCCAGGUACGAAAACAUCCUCUUGCUGCAUGCUUUUGUCUGGACCUCUUGAACUUUGCUAGUAAUUUUGCUUCCAACAUAUUUGCAGAUUGGAGAUUACUUGGAUGUAGCUAUUCUGUAGAGGAGCUGUCUGCUGUGUUUAGUAUGCGGUAUUCAUGUUCUGGUUGCUCGUGAUUAGUUAGACUUGCGGAAGGAUUAUCUGGAUCAUCUAUUUGCGCUACCUUGAUUCUCAGGCGGGUUUUGUUAUUUGAUCAUUGUUGGGAUAAAGGUGAAUCUUUCUGGCAUAAUCUAUGUUACUAUGUGGAACCAGGGUAUAUUGUGUAUGGGCCACUUAAGCUUGUGUUAGGCCUCUGGGCCGAGAAAAUAUCUUACUGUUAUCAGGGGGGAUGAUUUUUCAAGACUAUUGGUUUUGAGCAUUUGCCAGGAUAAUUUUCCGGCAUGUCAAUUUCUGAAA